AUGCUCAUCGUCCGGUUCCAGCCCUUCAGCGCGGUCAUCGGCGCGGACUGCGCGAUGCUCGUGGACGCGCACCGCGCGUCCCCGAAAGCCGCGGCGGUCGCGAUCGCGCGCGCGGUGAGCGCUCGAGACGCCAUUCCCGCCGCGUCGGGCGCCGGCGCGUCCGCGGGCCCGCUCGCCGGCGCGGUCCCCGCCGCGGGCACCGUCGCGCACGCGGACGACGCGCACGCCAAGCUGAACGAGUCCGCGAUCGCGGUGGACGACUUCCCGUUGCGAGCGCUCGAGUGCGUCUUGGACGAGGCGACGGGGUAUUACCACCAGAAACUGCGCAGGGUGAAGCUUCUCGCGGAGUACUGUUUGGAUUCCAUCACGGACGAGUUGAAGGUCCAAGGCGCGCAAGGCGAAGCCGGGUUCCAGCGUCUGCUGCCGCUGCGCCGAGCGAUGACGUCGCUGGAGGCGGACAUCAAAGAGGCGCACCACGCGAUUCAAGACGCGAUGAAAAGCGACGAGCGCGUGGACGCGCUCUUACCGAAGUGCUCGCGGACGGCGUACCGGCCGCAGUCGGAGGAGGAGGCGCGUUCUGUCAUCUCACACUGGUUCCCAUACGACCGCGUCGGCGCGGUGAACGCCGUUUCUUAA